AUGUCGAACGCAUGUCUGAAUGCAUUUGGUAGUUUGGUGUCGUACCGUAUUUCGUCACCAUCGCUUGGCGCUUAUAAGCGUCUGGAUUUAUGCGGCAACUCCUUUAACAAGAAGAAGCCUCUGAGGACCGUAUCCGUGCACAACACGAAUACUGAACCGUUGCAGGCGAUAGUUCUGAGCUAUCCAACAGAAACAUCAACACAGAAUGAACCACGACAGACCUUAGAAUAUCAUCCUACCAUUUGGGAUGAAAACCUCAUCGAAUCGAUUCACAGCCCUUAUGCAGAUGGUGCAUUCAACACAAGGAUUGAGGAGCUCAAGGUUGAGGUCAAGCACUUGUUUGGCGUUGCUUAUGAUACGGCGGAUGAGCUUGAACUCGUCGACAAGGUCCAACGGCUAGGCCUUGCCUAUCAAUUCAGUGAGGAGAUUGACAAUGUACUUGCAAGAGUAUACAGGGAAGGACUAGAGUCUCUUCAUGGUUUGAAUGACACUGCACUUUGCUUCAGACUCCUUCGACAAAAUGGUUACAAUGUGUCAUCUGACGUGUUCAAUAAAUUCAGAGAUGAGGAAGGAUUUAUGAAGUGCUUGGCUGAUGAUGCAAAGGGUUUAUUGAGUUUAUAUGAAGCCGCCCAUCUUGCAAUUCCUGAUGAGAAUAUACUAGACGAAGCUAAAGAAUUUAGCACCGAGCACUUAAGAAAAUUGUUGAUAAAAGAAGACAAGAACUCAAGUAUAGUUGAACUUAUAAAGCAAUCCCUUGAGGCUCCUCUACAUUGUCUGAUGCCAAGGAUUGCAGCAAGGAAUUAUAUUGAUUUUUAUGAGGAGGAGGAGAGAAAGAGCUCUUGUUUGCUUGAGUUAGCCAAGUUAGAUUUCAAUGUUGUUCAAGCCUUGCAUCAAAAGGAGGUGAAAGAGUUAUCAAGAUGGUGGGAAGAUCUUGGUUUGGCAAAGAAGACUACAUUUUUUAGAGAUCGCUUAUUUGAGAGCUACUUUUGGGCAAGUCAAAUUGCACCCGAACCAAAGUUUUCAAAGUUUAGGAUCAUUAAUACAAAGUUUGCCCUCAUUGCAACUGUCGUGGAUGAUUUUUAUGAUCUUUAUGGUUCUAUAGAAGAAGCUAGAAUCUUCACAUCAGCAAUUAGAAGCUGGGAUGUUAAGGCAAUGGAAACACUUCCAGAUGACUUGAAGAUGUGCUAUUUGUCAUGGCUCAACUUUGCAAACGAGACGAUGUAUGAUAUCCUUAAGACUUAUGGAUGGGAGGCUGCACAAAUCUUUAAACCAGAGUGGGUAUGUCUCUGUGAAAGUCACUUGAAACAAGCAGAAUGGCUACAUGAAGGAUAUACCCCUUCCCUUGAGGAGUACUUGCACAACGACCUGGUCUUUGGGGGCUUAACUAUUCCAGUUCACGCCUACUACUUUGUCGAGGAGAACCUAACAGAAGAAACACUUGAUUGGCGUAAGAAAGCAUAUCAAAUUUCAUAUUUGUCUGCAUUGAUAGUUCGACUGACAGAUGACUUAGCACCUUCUGAGUUUGUGUAA